AUGAGUGAAUCAAAUCCAAUAGAAUCUGAAGAGAUAAAUAAAAUAACGAGUGUAGCUGAUAAAGUUAUUUCUGCACAAAGUUCUAGUCAACUAAAAGAAAUAUUAGAAACAAGCAACUCUGAAGAAAACAUAAUAACAGAAUCAAUAAACAAACGUCGUAGAACAAGAGUAAUAAUAUACUUUGCGGUUUUUGUAUUUAUAACAUCAUAUAUUAUAUGUUAUUUACUCAUUCAAGUAAGUAAAAGAUCUGGUUUAAUAGGGAAACCAUUACCAAUCCAAAUUGAUGAUAAUUCAGAAACAAUGAGUAUUGAUGAAUUAAAUUAA